CGGCGUCGAUUGUCGCGGUAAAUUGGUACAGUGAAAUAUUCUCGUAUGGGUUAUAGUUUUAUUCAUAUUUGAUUCAUUCAGAAUAUGAAGAAAGUCAAACCGCUGCUACACGACCAUCAUUUAAUCAACCGUGUCAAGCAGUAUCUUGAAGAGCAUGUUGAUGAAACCUACUUGGAUAUUAAAUUAAUGACCAGAGAGUUGAUGCGCAAAUAUCCAGAAUAUUAUCGUCGUAAAUUUGUUCCAUUUCGUCAACUUGUACAACAAGCAUUUGAAAUUGUUUCGCAGAGCUACGGAGUAAAUAAGCCUACUACAUCGGACGAGGAUUCGCUCUCAGAGGACGACGAAACACCUAGCAACAACAUAAUGAGUAACAUGAUGAACAGUCUGUAUGCUCAAAGGACACCCUUCUCAAAUCCAAAGCCUUCGUCUGAGCCUAUUGACAUAUCUAGCGGUGACGAGGACGAUGACGCUUCACCUAAAAGCACAUCGAAUGGUGCCUCGGCUGGUGGGGAAAAUUCCAGUUCAAAUACGCUGAAGCGCUUAUUGGAUUCGCCCCCACAUUCGGGUGUGAAAAAAUCAAAAAUGGCUGCAAAUCAAGGCAUGUCCCAAUCACCACGUAAAGAAAAUAUCGGAAGCACUCCCACCUCUGUUCCCGCAGCAACGAACACAAAGAAAAACAAGGUGCCUGGCAACAACAACAGGUUCGACAUCAGGGAUUGUGCUCGGAACAAGAGGCACGAGAUUCCACAAGCGUAUAAUAUGCGAGAAUAUAAUGAUCGGAUGCCAAUGCGCUCGGUACGUAAAUACAAAAAGGAACUGGAGGUGCUUCAAAUGAGCGAAAGUUUCCGCGAUAUAGGCGGAAUGGAUAGUACACUAAAAGAACUUUGCGAGAUGCUCAUACACAUAAAAUCGCCCGAAUUCUAUUUCCAACUGGGUCUGUUGCCCUCACGCGGUCUACUGCUACAUGGACCACCAGGUUGCGGUAAAACAUUUUUGGCACGUGCCGUAGCCGGGCAACUUAAACUGCCGCUGCUUGAGGUGCCUGCUACUGAGCUAAUUGCGGGAAUAUCCGGCGAGUCUGAAGAACGCAUACGCGAUGUUUUCGAUCAGGCUGUUGAUAAUUCCCCAUGCGUGCUCUUUAUCGAUGAGAUUGAUGCUAUUGGCGGCAAUCGUCAGUGGGCUUCUAAGGACAUGGAACGUCGGAUUGUCUCACAGUUAAUUAGCAGCCUGGAUAAUUUGAAGACGACCGAAUUCGGACAGUCGGUUUUGGUGAUUGCAGCCACCACGCGCCCUGAUAAUCUUGAUCCAGGACUGCGUCGCAUUGGACGUUUUGAUCAUGAGAUCGCCAUACACAUACCAACACGUAAAGAGCGUCGCGAGAUUUUGCGUAUACAAUGUGAGGGUUUGACGAUUGACUCAAAAUUCAACUAUGAUAAGGUUGCCGAAUUGACACCCGGCUACGUGGGCGCUGAUCUCUUGGCCUUGGUCUCUCGUGCUGCUGCCAUUGCCGUCAAACGAAGGUCUAUGAAAAAGUUUCGGGAGUUACAUGCUGCCAACGAGCAGAAUAUGACGACAGUCACUCUUGACGACGAUGAGAAUGAGAGUGUAGCGGGCAAAGAGGCAACUGAGGCCACUGAUAAGCCGUCGAGUGCAGACAAGACCGAGGAAAAAACGAUUGAAAAGGUGGAGGUUGAAGCCGCUGGUGAUAAGUCUGAUGCCGACCAACCUGCUAAAGAAAAAACUGGCAAAGAGACAAUAAUGGAGGUCGACCCGCAGGUCGAAGAGAAGUCCACAGCUCAACAGUCUAGGCAGAAACAACUUCCGGAAGAUGAAUUCUAUGAGCCAACACUAGUCGAAUUGACAAACUUCUUAGAUAAUCCACCAGAGGAAUUUUCUGAUCCAAAUUUCUGCUUGACUCUCGAAGAUUUUAUUGACGCUAUUAAGGUCUUGCAGCCGUCAGCGAAACGUGAGGGUUUCAUAACCGUGCCGGAUAUCACAUGGGAUGAUAUUGGUUCUUUGCAAGACAUCCGCGAUGAGUUGAAGCUCGCGGUGCUUGCUCCUGUCAAGUUUCCAGAGAAAUUGGCUCAGCUGGGGCUCACAGCCCCAUCGGGCGUGCUUCUGUGUGGUCCGCCUGGUUGCGGCAAAACAUUACUGGCCAAGGCUAUUGCCAACGAGGCAGGUAUUAAUUUUAUAUCAGUCAAGGGUCCGGAAUUGAUGAAUAUGUAUGUGGGCGAAAGUGAACGUGCUGUGCGAGCUUGCUUCCAACGUGCCCGUAAUUCAGCACCUUGUGUCAUAUUUUUUGACGAGUUCGAUUCACUGUGCCCCAAGCGUUCUGAUAACGGUUCUGGUAGCUCGGGCACUCGUAUUGUCAAUCAGUUGCUUACUGAGAUGGAUGGCGUGGAGGAUCGUAAGGGUGUUUACAUUCUUGCAGCUACAAAUCGUCCGGAUAUAAUUGAUCCGGCUAUUUUACGUCCGGGUCGUUUAGAUACCAUACUUUAUGUGGGCUUGCCGAAGAAGGAAGAACGCGUUGAGAUACUAAAAGCCACUACAAAGAAUGGCAAGCGUCCCUUAUUGGCAGACGAUGUCGAUCUAAACAUAAUAGCAGCCCGAACGGAAGGCUAUACUGGUGCCGAUUUGGCUGGCUUAGUGAAACAGGCAUCCAUGUUUGCGCUGCGACAAUCCUUGAGCGAGCCCGAUGCUCAAUUGGAUAGCCUGUGCGUGCGGAAUCACCAUUUUGAAGAGGCUCUGAAACAGCUACGUCCUUCGGUUAACGAGCAGGAUCGCAAAGAGUAUGAAAGACUGCGUGUGAAAUUUGCUGCUCCGCGCGCGCCUUCCUUUGAGGCCAAAUGAGUUACAUUCGCUAAUAUCCCACACCGUUGAACUCGUUACUAGUUGUUUUAUCAUCUAGAAUAACCACCUUAAAUUUAAAAUCACAUAAGAAGGCGAAUUAAAUACCCAAAGCGAGAGCAUUUUGGGACCAACCCCCAAAA